CUAUUUCGAGGUCUACUUCAUGUCAUCCAACGAGCUGCUCCAGAAUACGUCAGUGCUGGCUGUUCUGCUGUUCCUGGCCCUGGUGCUACAGCGGACCUUCCUACAGGCCUCCUACUAUGUCACCAUAGAGACCGGCAUCAACCUCCGUGGAGCCCUGCUGGCGAUGAUCUACAACAAGAUCCUGCGUCUGUCCACCUCUAACAUGUCCAUGGGAGAGAUGACCCUGGGCCAGAUCAACAACCUGGUUGCCAUAGAAACCAACCAGCUCAUGUGGUUCCUCUUCCUGUGUCCCAACCUCUGGGCCAUGCCUGUGCAGAUUGUGAUGGGCGUGAUCUUGCUGUACUACCUGCUGGGGACCAGUGCUCUGAUUGGAUCUUCAGUCAUCGUGCUGCUGGCUCCAGUCCAAUACCUGAUCGCUACCAAGCUGGCUGACACCCAGAAGAGCACCCUGGACCAAUCUACGGAACGUCUGAAGAAGACCACAGAGAUUCUGAAGGGGAUCAAGCUGCUGAAGCUGUACGCCUGGGAGAACAUCUUCUGUGACAGUGUAGAAGAUACCAGGGGCAAAGAGCUCACCAGCCUCCGCACCUUCGCCCUCUACACCUCCAUGUCUAUUUUCAUGAAUGCUGCUAUCCCCAUCGCUGCUGUGCUUGUGACGUUUGUCAGCCACGCCCUGAUCAACAAGUCCAAACCCAGCUCCUCGGAGGCCUUCGCUGCUCUGGCCCUCUUCCACAUCCUGGUUACCCCACUGUUCCUGCUCUCCACCGUGGUCCGCUUCGCAGUCAAGGCCAUGGUCAGCGUCCAGAAGCUGGGUGAGUUCCUGCAGAGCGAUGAGAUUGGCGAUGACAGCUGGAGGAACGGAGACAUGCCUGUGUCCCUAGAGGCCUGUAAGAAACAUCCAGGGGCGACCAAGGCUAUAAACAGGAAGCAGCCCCUGCUCUACCAGAUGGACAGCUAUGAGCAGCCAGCACGCAGACCACUGCGACCCAACGAGACUGAGGACGUGGCUGUCAAGGUGAACGGUGGAUUCUUCACAUGGGGAAGCAACUUGUCAACGUUGUCCGACAUCAACAUCUGCAUUCCAACAGGUCAGCUGACCAUGAUCGUGGGCCAGGUGGGUUGUGGGAAGUCAUCCCUGUUGCUGGCCAUGCUGGGAGAGAUGCAGACCCUCAGUGGAAAGGUCUACUGGAGCAAACUGCCUGUGAGUGAGAUGCUGCACGAGGCCAACAGUAAGAACAGGUACUCUGUGGGCUACGCUACCCAGAAGUCUUGGCUGCUGAAUGCCACCGUGGAGGAUAACAUCACGUUUGGCAGUCCCUUCAACAAACAGAGAUACAAGACUGUGAUUGACGCCUGCUCCCUGCAGCCUGAUGUAGACCUCCUGCCCUUCGGAGACCAGACGGAGAUCGGAGAGAGGGGGAUCAACCUGAGUGGAGGCCAGAGACAGAGGAUAUGUGUGGCUCGGGCUCUCUACCAGAACACCAACAUCGUCUUCCUGGAUGACCCGUUCUCAGCGCUGGACAUCCACCUGAGUGACCACCUGAUGCAGGAGGGCAUCCUGAAGUUCCUACAGGAUGAUAAACGCACCGUGGUCCUGGUCACACACAAACUGCAGUACCUCAUCCACGCUGACUGGAUCAUAGCCAUGAAGGAUGGCUCAGUGCUGAGGGAAGGCACUCUGAAGGACAUUCAGACUCAUGAUGUAGAGCUGUAUGAACACUGGAAGACCCUGAUGAACAGACAGGACCAGGAACUAGAGAAGGACACUGAGAUUGAUAACUGUCAGACUGCUCUGGAGAGGAAGACCCUGAGAAGAGCUUUCUACUCCAGAGAGGCCAAGAACCAGGUCGACGAUGACGAAGAAGAGGAGGAAGAGGAGGAGGAAGAGGACGACAACAUGUCGACGACCACCAGUCGGCGCUCUAAGAUCCCGUGGAGGGUGUGCUGGCAGUACCUGUCCUCUGGUGGCUUCCUCAUGGUCUUCCUCAUGGUCUUCUCCAAGCUGCUGAAACACUCCGUCAUGGUCGCCAUCGACUACUGGCUGGCCGAAUGGACUUCUAAAGGCAAUGUCCCAGUCAAUGGGACUGCUAAUGGCGAUGGCCCAGUCAAUGGGACUGCUAAUGACGAUGCUCAUGGAUAUGCCCCAGACUUUGGAAAUGUUACAAGAGACUUUGUCAAUGCCUCUGCAGCAGCUGUCUUCUCCAAUCGGACAAACUCAGUGGCUGGUCUGCCUGACUCCUACUAUGUGCCAGUGUUUAUCAUCCUGUGUGGAGCGGGGAUAGCCCUGUGUCUGAUCACCUCUCUGACUGUGGAGUUCCUGGGUCUGUCUGCUGCUACCAACCUGCACCACAACCUGCUCAACAAGAUCAUCCACGCACCUAUCAGGUUCUUUGACGUGACCCCCUUGGGCCAGAUCCUGAAUCGUUUCUCAGCUGACACCAACAUCAUAGAUCAGCACAUCCCUCCUACCCUGGAGUCUUUGACCCGCUCCACUCUGCUCUGCCUGUCAGCCAUCGGGGUCAUAGCGUUCGUCACCCCAAGCUUCCUCAUCGCUCUGAUUCCUCUGGCUGUGUCCUUCUACUUUAUACAGAAGUACUUCCGGGUCGCCUCAAAGGACCUUCAGGACUUAGAUGACUCCACCCAGCUUCCUCUGCUCUGCCACUUCUCUGAGACUGCAGAGGGACUCACCACCAUCCGAGCAUUCAGACAUGAAUCUCGAUUCAAGCAGAAGAUGCUGGAGCUGACAGAUACCAACAACACAGCCUACCUGUUCCUUUCUGCUGCCAACCGCUGGUUGGAGGUCAGAAC